GGGGUGGGGGGGGGGGGGGGAGCGGGGACAGCGGGGUGGCGGAGGGGACCGCCGCGAGAUGCGGCAGCGCCGCCCAGGGCGGCUCCCGGCCGCCUGAGAACUGUUAGCACAUGUGACACAGUACACAGAGUUCAAAUGUGAAAACACAGAACAAAAUUUCCUAUGGCAGUCACUUCUGCGCUGAAGCAUUAAAUUACUGUGAAGCUACUCCUGCUGGUACUGGAUAUGUAACAUGUGAUUGCUAUUUGUGCAAUGAGUAAAUCAGCAAUCAAGAAGCAUGGUGGAACUACUUAAUAACAGCAGAAAAGCAGGAAUCUGUGGCAGAACUGUCCUUUGAAAACUGUGGAAAAUGUCCUAGCACUUUUUCUCAGUGAGCAUAUUCAAGACAUGGGGCCAAUAAAAUAUAAAUCAAGUGUAUUCUCAGUGUCCUGUGGCGUGCAAUAUCACCAUUUUAUGAUAAAGUGCUGUCAAAAAAUGAAUUUACACGUAGUGCGAACUUACUGUUCCUCGGGACCUAAGCAGCCUGAAGCCAAGUCAGCGAUAGAAACAGCCAGGGGUCUUCUCAGUCGGCUGACAGAAACGGGGACUGCUAUGGGGAAAAACUCCCUUCAAAAAAUAUCUGCAACGGGCAAGAGUUGGUGGGACAAAUAUGAAGAGUUUGUUGGCAUUAAUGAAGUUCGAGACGCUCAGGGAAAAGUGACAGAGGCUGAAAAUGUCUUUAUGAUAGCUCGAGGCAUAGUACGAGAGGCUCGUGAAAAUGUAGAAGCCCAACAGACUAAACUGAAGGAAAUUCGGGACCGCUUGGACAGGGUCUCUCGGGAUGACACCCAAUACUUAGAACUGGCUACUCUGGAACACAGGUUGCUGCAGGAAGAGAAGAGAUACCGAGCUGCCUACUUAAACGCAGAAGAAUCUGAGCGAGAAAAAUUCUCUCUCUUCUCUGCAGCUGUAAGGGAAAGCCACGAGAAAGAGCGAACAAGAGCUGAAAAAACAAAGAACUGGUCUAUUAUUGGCUCUGUACUGGGAGCCAUUAUAGGUGUUCUUGGUUCCACUUAUGUUAAUCGAGUAAGGCUGCAAGAACUAAAAGUCUUGGUGCUUGAAGCACAGAAGGGCCCAAUAAACCUGCAAGAAGCCAUCAAAGAACAGGCCUCCAGCCAUUACUUGCAGCAGAAGGAUCUCAGUGACGUCAUAGCAGACCUGAAAAACAUGCUGCAAGCAAGGACAUCACAGGAAAUAAAAGAAGGUGCUUUGUUAGCAAGAGGAGACAGGAAUGACUCCAUAAAACUAGAUUCUCUUUUAAUUCCUUUAAAGGAACAGCUAAACUACACUAAACAAGUCACUUCAUGUCUUGGGAGUUUACAACAGCAGUUUAACAGUCUGCAGGAAAGUAUAGCGCAAAUAAUUUCUGACAUGCAGAGCGUUAAACUUGCAGUUCAUUCCAGACCUAUGGAAAGAGCAAUGCCAAGGCCUUCAGCAGAGGGUAAGGGACAGGCUUCUGCUGUGAGAGAUGUGAUCUUAGAAUUGUGUGACACAGAGCGGAGACUGGAAUCACAAAUCAAGAGAAAUUCUAUUUACAGCACUGCAAUCACAUGUACUGUGUUUGCUAUUACUCUACCAGUACUCUAUAUUAUACUUAAAGGAAACUGAUCUCUAAUUGCUGUAAUUUACUACAUUAAUAAAAGUGAACUUGCGCUCUAAGUACCUAGAGUACAAGUCCGCAUAAA